GGCUUCAUGGAGUUAUGCACCUCUGAUCCGCCGCCAUGGAUUGCAAUCCGCGAUCGCUCCUUUUCAUUUUACCUCUUCUAUUGUCCUGCGUUAUUCCUGCGUUUCCCAUCAUCUACCCCCCCAACGAAGUCAACCUGUUAGACUCUAAAGCAAGCCAGGGGGAGUUAGGAUGGAUUUCCUACCCAUCGCAUGGGUGGGAAGAGAUCAGUGGGGUGGAUGAGCACUACACUCCCAUCAGGACCUUCCAGGUCUGCAAUGUGAUGGAGUACAGCCAGAACAACUGGCUUCGCACCAACUGGAUCCCUCGCCAGUCAGCCCAGAAGAUCUACGUGGAGCUGAAGUUCACCCUGAGGGACUGCAACUCCAUCCCGUUGGUCCUGGGCACCUGCAAGGAGACCUUCAACCUCCUCUACCUGGAGACAGAUGAUGACCAGGGAAGCCACUUCAGGGAGCACCAAUUCUCUAAGAUCGACACCAUCGCCGCUGAUGAGAGCUUCACCCAAAUGGACCUCGGCGAUCGCAUCCUCAAGCUCAACACUGAGGUGCGCGAAGUGGGUCCCAUGACCAAGAAGGGCUUCUACCUGGCAUUCCAGGAUGUAGGCGCCUGUGUAGCUUUAGUUUCAGUUAGGGUUUACUUUAAGAAGUGCCCAUAUACUGUGAGGAAUCUGGCCUCCUUCCCUGAUACGGUGCCCAUGGACUCCCAGUCGCUGGUGGAGGUCAAAGGUUCAUGUGUCAAUCACUCCAAAGAGGAGGAGUCUCCACGAAUGUACUGCAGCACAGAGGGAGAGUGGCUCGUGCCUAUUGGGAAGUGUCUAUGUAACCCAGGGUAUGAAGAGAGAAGCAACACCUGCCAAAUGUGCAGGGCAGGCUUCUACAAAUCCAUACUCGGGAACAUGGAGUGUUCAAAGUGUCCGCCACAUAGCUUCUCUCACCACGAGGGGUCGUUGCACUGUGGCUGUGAGAAAAACCACUUCCGUGCUGAGGGAGACCCCGCCUCUAUGGCCUGUACCCGUCCUCCUUCAGCUCCUCGAAAUGUGAUCUCUUCCAUCAAUGAGACCUCGGUCAUCCUGGACUGGAGCUGGCCGGAGGACACUGGCGGGCGCAGGGACAUCACCUUUACUGUCCUCUGCAAACGCUGCCGUGGUGUCGCUGCUAACAGCAGUACCGGUGGCACCCAACGCUGUGAGCCUUGUCGGAGCAAUGUUCGCUUUCUGCCAAGAGCCACGGGCCUCCACAACACCACGGUGACGGUGGGCGACCUGCUAGCUCACACUAACUACACAUUUGAGAUUGAAGCGCAGAACGGUGUGUCAUCGCUGGCCCCCAAGAUGAGGCAGUAUGCCACUGUCACCAUCACCACCAACCAAGCAGCUCCCUCUCCGGUAACAGUGAUCCGAAAGGAGAAGACGUCUCGAAACAGUGUCUCACUCUCCUGGCAGGAACCAGAAAGACCCAACGGCAUUAUCCUGGACUAUGAGAUCAAAUACUACGAAAAGGAGGAGCAGGAGACCAGCUAUACCAUCCUGCGUGCUCGGGGUUGCAAUGUGACUCUGAAUGGUUUGAAGCCCAACACUGCCUACCUGCUGCAGAUCAGAGCUCGCACCGCUGCUGGAUACGGAGCCACCAGCCCCAGCUUCCAGUUCGAGACCAGUCCUGACUCAGCCUUCUCUAUCUCCAGUGAGAGCAGCCAGGUUGUUCUGAUCGCCAUUUCCUCUGCCGUGGCCAUCAUCCUGCUCACUGUGCUGCUCUACGUACUGAUUGGCAGGUUUUGUUGCCACAGCAAAUCCAAACAUCCUGAUGAGAAAAGACUGCACUUUGGCAACGGUCACUUGCGUCUUCCGGGUAUCAGGACCUACGUGGACCCCCACACAUACGAGGACCCAAGCCAGGCUGUGCAUGAGUUUGCUAAAGAGCUCGAUGCCUCCUGUAUUGCCAUCGAUAAAGUGGUGGGAGCAGGUGAGUUUGGCGAGGUGUGCAGUGGUCGCCUGAAGCUGCCCAGUAAGAAGGAGAUCUGCGUGGCCAUCAAGACUCUUAAAGGAGGAUACACAGAUAAACAGAGGCGGGACUUCCUCGCUGAGGCAUCAAUCAUGGGACAAUUUGACCACCCCAACAUUAUCAGGCUGGAGGGGGUGGUGACACGCAGUAAACCCGUCAUGAUUGUCACAGAGUACAUGGAGAAUGGAUCCCUGGACAGCUUCUUGAGAAAACAUGAUGCCCAGUUCACAGGAAUCCAGUUGGUCGGGAUGCUGCGUGGCAUCGCCUCGGGCAUGAAGUACCUGUCAGACAUGGGCUACGUUCACCGAGACCUGGCGGCUCGAAACAUCCUGGUCAACAGCAACUUGGUGUGUAAAGUGUCUGACUUCGGCCUGUCCCGAGUGCUGGAGGACGACCCGGAGGCUGCUUACACCACCAGGGGAGGUAAGAUCCCUAUUCGGUGGACAGCACCAGAGGCUAUUGCCUACAGGAAGUUUACAUCAGCCAGUGAUGCUUGGAGUUAUGGCAUUGUUCUCUGGGAAGUGAUGUCAUAUGGGGAACGGCCAUACUGGGAGAUGUCCAAUCAGGAUGUAAUAAAAGCUGUCGAUGAGGGUUACCGCCUCCCCCCGCCCAUGGACUGCCCAGCUACCCUUUACCAGCUGAUGUUGGACUGCUGGCAGAAGGAGAGGAACAACCGGCCUAAGUUUGAACAGAUAGUCAGCAUCCUGGAUAAACUCAUCCGCAACCCUGGUAGCCUCAAAAUCACGGCCAACACCACAUCCAGGCCGGCCAACUUGUUGUUGGACAGGAGCAGUUCAGAAGCACCCUCAAUGGGGACGAUGGGUGACUGGAUGGAUGGAAUGAGGACCUUGCCCUGCAAGGAGGCCUUCUCUGGGGUCAGCUACAGCUCCUGUGACACCCUGGCCAAGACCUCCACAGAGCUCUGGAUGGGAUCUGAAAAAGGUUGGAGUGACUAUUGUAGGACCGCAGAAGAAGAUCGUGAGCAGCCUCAAAGCCCUAGAUUCCCACACCAAGAAUGGCCCAGUACCUGUUUAAAAUAUGAACCUUUCUUUCCGUCUGUGUUAACAGACUGUGGUUGCUAAUCGCACUCUAACACAGUGGCUGCGUAUCCAAUCUAGAAAUGGAUGGAAGUGGAGGAUAAAUAUAUGAUUCAGAUGAGGGCUUUCAUUGUUUCAUUGAAAGACGAUAUCAAGUCCCGACAGAGAAACAGGAAGAGUUCAGUGUAGAUCUGCCAGCUAGUUAACUGGCUGACUCUUCAACCCUCCAUCCCUCCAUGCCCAAGUUGAGAUGCCUUACAGACUAAUAGGAGGGUAGAGAGAUCAGAGGAGAGCCAAGAAGGUCAGUGAGACCUGGUCAGGGAUUCAAACUGGGACUGGAGUGGGAUACAGGGCAAGGACUGGACUUACAUAAAAGCCGGAGCUCUCCAAUAUUGGCCAAACUGGAGGGCAUAGCCUUCCCUUUACAGCUAAAAGGGGAUGGGCAUGCUCACAGUCUCCUCCCACCAGCCUGUGGAACGAGGCGGUGACACGGCUGAGAUGCCUUGUGUAGAAGAGCAUGGCAAACAACAGCAGCUCACCUGGAUGUGGACCCUUCCUGGACUAAUGAAGACGUGAGAUUUUCUUGUAACUACCUGCAUUUACUGUCUCUAUCCAUGAGAGAGCUGAGCUGGUAUGACACACCUAGACAAUAACCGAGCCAUUUUACUUUGUAGCUCUAACCUAUAGCAUUUGCAUUCAGUAGACAUGUCACAUAAAAGCAAUAAUUAUGAUAAUCAGUUAAAUAGUGUCAUUGUAUGGAAGCCAUGAGUCUGUCACAUGUAUAAUGUAUUGAACGCUGUGCUUUGAAGGUACAGGGGCCAUAACACACUUCACACACAGAAUUUUCUUUACGGUGACAUCUAUGUUCUAUGUGCUUAUGAGCAGAUAUUGUACAGUUUUAGUGCUGUUCCCUCAACCCAAUACCCUUUGUGUGAAAUCUCAGGAUGUAUACGUUCUUUUUUCUAUUUUCUCUAACAAGGGGAAACAGAUGAGAGAGAAAUGGAGCAGAGCCAGGAAUUGAGAGUGCAUGUUAAGAAAGAUGGGAGGGAAGCUGCAAGAGAGGAGUUGAUAAGAGAGAAAAGAGAACUUAAAUAAGAUGAAGCAGUGUCAUCCAUGCCUCUGCUUCAGAUGUCGUUGUGUUGCGGAAGUGUUUUUAACUAGAAGUGAGUUUGUACUUGAGUUCCUUCUGUAGGUAGGACAGGUUAGCAUCAUCAACCCCACACAACACCAGGUAUAAUUUCCUUUUCCAAGGGAGGAGAUAUAUUCUCUGUUCAGUCGGUUUAGAUCACUCAGCUUCUUUGAAAGUGUUGUAAACUUAUAGUCUGUUUGUUUUGGUCUGAAUCCAUAACUCAUUAAUUAAAGCCACGUGGGAUCUGUCAUUUUCUUCUUUGAUCAGAAAUUUGCUGUAAAAAAGGACUUUGUUUAGUGUAAAACUAGCUCUUAAUCCAUAAAUCCUGGUGUGUGAAAUGCAAAAAGUACAGUGCCUCCUGUAGUUGUGUGUAGGGUUGGUUCAUGGUGGGAUCACAAAGGAGAAAGCUCCAGUUUUAAUUCGUUUUCAACAAAGUCUUGGUCCUUUUUCUGUGUUCUCAUAGGGGAAUGGGGUUUACCAUCACUGCCCUAAACUAUCAAGGUGUGGAUAUGCCCCGAAAGAGAUGCAACACUUCCAAUAGAUAAUUGCUUUUGGAGAUAGUAUCCUAGCACAUCAUAUGUCCAGGAUGGGAUUUCCUAAAUGCACCUUAGAACUUAGAUGAUCUUUGUACUAUGACGUACAUACUCAAAGAUGCUAAUUUCCUGCUUUGAUGUCACCCAGUUAAUCCCUCAGUGCAACACAUACCCAGUAUUUCUAAACUGGCACUUUGGUACUUUGUGCUGUUGGAUGGGUAAUAUUUAACCAAGGGGAUGCUAUCUUUAAGCUUGUUCCAAGCACUUAGUACACAAUAUUUGAGCACUUUGAAUAGAAAUGUUAUUGCCUUGGCUAUAGACUAAGCUAAUCUAAUGGACAGGGGUGAUUUUGGUGCUUUUGGGAAAUCCAGCCCUGUUCAGUGUAUCAGUUGGUCCUUUGUUACUUGGUCUACCUGUGGAUGCUGCUGUUGCUGCUAUGUGUUAUAAUUAGCAUGUACAUAAUGUAAACCAUCGUAAUGAUAGCAACUAGCGCUACAGAUCCCACUAUAUGUACAUGGCCAUCCCUCUUUGUAAAAAUGUUUGUAUGUAUAAAAGAAUAAAUAAAAAAUUGUGCAACAUUUUUAAUUAAAAAAGAGACAAAAAUCAUCUGUAUUAUAUUUUAUC